AUGUCUGACCCAAUCCUUUUCGAAGACUCCUUCACGAUCACCGCCAUCAAUGCCCAGAAAUACGAUCGCGUCGCUCGUUUGACCUGUAGCUCGAGCGACGGCUCCAUCACCUUCACCCUCGAUGUGAACUCUGAGCUCUACCCGGCCGCCGUUGGCGAAUCGCUUAGCUUAGCGCUGGCCUCGACUCUGUCGCUUGAUGGCAAGGAGGAUACCCGUGCUAGCUGGAGAGAGGUCAGCAUGGGCGACCAGACUUUGGCCAACGACUACGAUUACGUCUGCCACGGCAAGGUUUACCGAUUUGAGGAGGGUUCGACCAAGGAUACUAUGGCUGUCUUUGUGUCAUUCGGCGGUUUGCUGCUCUACCUUGAGGGUCCCUACAAGAAGCUCGCACCACUGAAAAUCGACCACGUUUACUUGCUUCUUAAGAAAUAG